AUGAAGCUGACUCUGGUUCAGAUCUUCUUCAUGAUGUUGCUACUCCUACUAGGCCUGGGGCUGGGCCUGGGGCUGGGGCUUCAGAUGGCUGCAGCAGUCCUAGAGGAGAGCGAGCAGUCCCUGAGUGAGCUGUGGUCCAGUGACUCAGAGGACAAGACCAAGGCCACGAAAGGAGAGGGCAGCCGAACUACAGAAACCUUGCUGCUUAGCAACAAAGGAGUGGUGCAACCGGGCUGGGCUGAAGACACCGUCAUCGGGGAAGACGAAGUUCAGGGAAGCAAGAUGCUCGGAGCUGAGCCUCUCCUUCAGAGCCAGAAAGACUACCUUAGGUCUGACCUGAUGGCCAGGGAAUGCAACAGCCUGAUGGUACACAAGCUGAAGGAGCACAAUCGCACGUGCAUAAACCAGUACACAUUCAUCCAUGAGGAUCUGGAUACGGUCAAAGCUGUCUGUAACAGUCCUGUGGUUGCCUGUGAGCUCAAGGGGGGCAAAUGCCACAGAAGCUCCCGGCCUUUCGAUUUGACACUCUGCAGGCUGUCCAAACCAGGCCAGGUCACUCCUCACUGCAAUUACCUCACUUUCAUUUUUGAAAAGUAUAUUAUUAUAUCUUGUAAUGACAUGAAGGCCCAGAUAAUGUCUGGACAAUGAAACGACUUUUCUUCUUCUU